AUGCAAAAUUUGUUCAAGCUCAUUUUAAAAGGUACUGCUGUUGAGAAAAUUCCUUCAUCAAUUGAAGGUCUGGUUGGCCUCACUGUAGAGGGUAUGUACAGUCACAAAAGUCUCUCGAGUCAAAUAUUCAUGCAAAGAUCCUCAAGUCAAACUUGUCAAGCUGCCAGGGGAGGUGGUGUGUUUAGAGAGCUUGAAUUAAGUGAAAGUGCUAUGAGAGAGCUGCUUGUUUUUAUGAAACAUCAGAAAUAUCUAUCCUUUUGUGGAUCAUCAACUUCAAGGGAUGCUUUGUCAUCGAUGCUUUGGGUCCAAAGGGUGGUUCUCAUUAACAUUGGAAGAGGUCCUCAUGGUGAUGAACCGGCUGGAUGGCCAGUUAGGUGGGAAUAUUCUUCUAAACAAAGAGUUGGGAACUUGCUUGGAAGUUUAUUACUCUUUGGUAUUGGGCGUGUUCAGCUCUUUCUUGGGGAUUUCCUCAAUUCUUAG